AUGAGCCAGGUCUCCGGCGACGCGAGCGCUCGCGAGAAGCGUACGCAGCGCACACUGACCUCAGAAGCGACCGAAGAUGCUUCGGAGCAUUCGAUCAAUUUUUCUGACCUCCCUUUUGAGGCGACUAUCAAGUACCUGGCGCAGCAUAGGAUCAACCUGCAGUACCCUCCGCGCUCCAUGCUCCAGGACCCAUGCAUGGGUGCGCCGCCCGAGGUCCCCGCGCAGAAGGGCACAGAAGAAGAGGCGCAGGGAGAAUUGGAAGAAGACCAGGGCAUGGCGUCACGUACGCGGUCAUCCACGAUGCACCCUGACCGCGCGCGUGAUGGGGACGUGCACUAUUUUGACCACGACGACGAGCACGAGCACUUGGCUGCUCUUGCGACGGAACACUUUCACCAUAUGCCGAUGCCGAAGGAGACCGACAUUAUUGUAGGAUUCCUGCAUCGCUGCCGCCGAGCAGUGCCUCACGCGCUCGUCCGACUCGAGCCACGUCUCCUUGCACGCGCUCUCUGGCACGAGAAACUCGUGGACACUGUAGAGCGUGGCGGCCUGUCCAUUGAUGCACUCACGCCCGCUGCUGUCAGUGGCAUGCGCGUACCCUCUUCGUCGAGCUCGCGCGCGGCCGCGGCGCCGGUCGUUGACCUCCACCUGCGAUGCUCGCAUGACCCGAGUCGAGGCGGCGCAGCUGCAGCCCCUCACCGAGAGCGCGCGCGCCUGUAUUUGAAGCGGGCGCUCGUCUUUGUCCGUGCGGACGACGCGCCCCACGCGCUCCGCGACGUGCGCGACGCGCUUCGUCUUGCAUCCUCGCACGCGUCGAUACUCGUGCGUGCCGCGCGCAUCUUCGUGGAAGCAGACCUGCCCGACAAGGCGGUGCGUGUCCUGAACAUCGCGGAGCAGCGCUCGCCGUCUGCCUCCGACAAGGCGUUGAUCACGGCGCUGCGCGCGAAGCUGGCGCGUCCUCCGCCGCGCGCGACGGCACUGCCGGUGGAACUGCUCAUGCACAUACUUGGCUACCUGCCGAGCUCCUCGCUCUAUGUGUGCAUGCUCGUGUGCCGCGCGUGGCGCACCUGGAUUGUGCAGCACCGGCCGCUCUGGCAUACCAUUGCGGUGCGUGCGCCGGUGGCGCCGGACGCCGCCGCUGCUCGCAGCCAGUACGAGGCGGCCACCAGGUACAUCCGGCGCGGCGUGCGGCAUGUGCGCCAUCUGCGUCUGCGUGCGCCGCUUACGGAUCACCGCCGCGUGUGGUCGCUUGUGGCACCGCUGCGCCUCACCUCGCUGGACAUUGCGUGCGAGUAUGCGCAGGCAUCUGCGUGGUUCGCGUGGGCAUGCACACACGCACCCCUGAAGUCGUUCACGCUGCGUGCCGCGCCGCCCAAGGGCCCGGCGACCCACCCUUGGCUCGGGACCCCUCUACAAGCGCGCCGCGGCGACGCGCGGUUUCAGCACCUGGCCCUGCACCACACGCCGCCACUGGCCGCUGACGCGCCUACUCUUGCUGCUUGCUCGCAGCUCCAGUCACUCAUCUACGAUGCAGGCGAAUCGCUGCAUGCCUUGCAAAAUGUGCACGCAAGGUGCGUGCCGGCGCUGCGGACGCUAUGGCACCAUGCGCAACACACGCUCACAGCGCUCGAGCUGCGGGGCGCUGCGCUCUGGGUCGGCCCCGGGCCACUACCGCUCGGCCACGAGACGUCACUGCGCGCGCUGCAGCGGCUGUGUGCGCCACUUUCAUGCCUAGGUACGCUGGCCGAGCUGCCAGACGCGCUCGCCGAGUGGGAGACGACGCUGCCGCCGGACGCAGCGUUGGCCGAUCGCGCCGUGGCCCUCGCGGCGCGGUGCGCGCGCACGCUGCAUACCUGUACGCUGCAUGUGACGCACUCGGCCAGCACGCCGCUGGCUGAGCGCCUCCUUGCGACGUGCACGGCGCUGGGCGCCUUGUAUGUGGUCGUGGACGAGACGGUCGCUCCGCCCGCCAUGGCCGAGUCGUAUGCGGCAGCGCGGCAGAGCGCGCUGACGGCGGCGACGGUGCUGCGCUUGCUGACCCCCGGAUGCUGGGACACGCGCGUGCUGUGCCCGCAGCUGCACACGCUCGGCCUCGUGCACGACACGAGCGUGCGUGGGCGCGAGCUGAUCGACCUGCGCCGAUGCGGCGUGUGUGCCCCUCGCGACGCUGGACGUUGA